AUGGAUUUAGACUCGAUUAAAUAUGCAGAUUUGCAACAGCUGGCCAAAAGCGUUGGUUUGAAAGCCAACGUUAAGGCUGAUACGUUGCUGAGAGCACUAAAGCAGCAUUUUGAACAGGAAGGCUCUGAGAAUGGAAACAAUGUCACCUCAGAUGAUGCUCAAUGCCCUGAGGAAGCGCCAGCCCAGCCCACACUACCAAGCAAUGCACUGGUGACCAUGCGGCGUGGAAAAAACAAAAACGGCAAGAGGAAGCUAUCUGAAGAUAAAGCCUCAGAUCUUGAUCCCAAACUGCAGGAGAGUGCAGUACAGGAUGAUGGCAAGUCAGAUGACGUGGAAGGUGAAGAAGGCAGGAGGAGCUCGAAGAGAAGGAAAGUGUCCUUGACCAAGGAUACAGAGACUUCAGCUCCACCUGAGAAGCCUAAACAGAACCAGGCAGAGAUUAAACAAGGAUCAGCUACUAAAGAAGCGGUCACAGAAAAAAGAAACAAAGAUUCCGCUAAGAAGAGUGUUGGUAAGAUCCCACGUCAUGAAGGUCUGAUGAAGAAGAAAGCAGCACUGAGACCCACAACUCCAAAUUUUAAGAAGCUUCAUGAGGCACAUUUUAACAAGAUGGAGUCCAUUGAUUCCUACGUGCAGAGAAAAAACAAGCAGAUGGAAGUGCUCAGGAACUCUGUUAAAGAACUUAAGGCUCAGACUGAAAACCCAUCAAAGCCGGCCGAGACCAAGACCCAAGCUAAGCCGUCAGCCAAGCGUCCAGCACUCUUCAGUCCAGGAGUGUCGGAGAGAAAACCAGACAAAUGCAGAGUCACCCCUGCCAGCAAGUCUGCACUGAAGUCCGCACCCUUCAAGCCUACUAUCCUCUCAACCAACAAAGUCAACGUCAGGUUUUCGCAGGGGACUCAGGAUAACGAGCACAAACGUUCUCUGUUGAAGACUCCAGCUCGGAUGUCCGCUGCGCUUCCUCUCACUCCCACUUCGGGCAGAAAAAGUGAUGUGCGCACCAACCCCGUUAACAAAACGCCUGGUACAGGAAUCAAUCCAUUCAUCUUUAGUGGUUCUGAUACCCCAGGGACCAACAAGAAGAAAAUGUUUGAUUUGAGGGCGAGUCUCUCUCAUCCACUCACUUACAAACCACAUAAGGGUAAGCUGAAGCCUUUUGGAGCAACGCAGGAAAAUGCAGCACCCGAGAAAACGCAAAUGGUUCCAUCUCAUCAGAAUAACUAUAAACAGCACCAAGUGCAGACAAGAGAGGGGCGGCGUGUCAAGCACACAGAGGGAAGAAAACAAAAGAAAGAGCAGAUGCUUGGUGCCAGACGUGGACUGGUCAUUGCUUGAUUAACUCUUUUUUUGUAUUUUAAUGACUGUAGCUUCUUGCACAUUUUAUUUUGUUUGUCUGCUGUCUGUGUUAUUACUGCUUUUUUUUUUUUUUUUUUUUUGGCCCUGUUUAAAAAAACUUUUUUUUUUUUU